AUGACUAAAAAAAAUCCUUCAAAACAAUCAAGUAAAUCACAUAAGAAGAAUAAGAAUCGUGUUGGAAAACAAGCCGAUGCUUAUCGUAUAUUUUUUGCUGAACAACAAACACAUCGAACUGAAUUAAGUUCAAUGUCAACUAAAGAACAAAUGAAACUUUUAAAAGCUGAAUGGCAAAAAUUAUCAGCACAACAAAAACAAGCCUAUAAAGUUAAAGCUACUGAUGAAAUAAAUCAUCAAAUACUUGAUAAAAAAGAAUUAACUUCUGAUCGAAUUAAGUCAGGUACAAAAACUAAACUUGAUAAUAAACAUCAUUCGCAUGGAAAAAGUCCAUCACAAAAGAAGACAAAACGAAUGAAUCAAAAAUCAGCCACUCGAAAAAUGACUAAUCAUAAACAAUAUAAUCAAAUUGAAGCACAUGAAACUGUUGAAAUGCUAAUGAAUAAUUCGAAAGAAUAA